AUGUGGAGUGAUCAUCCUUGGCAAAACAAACAUGUACGAAUAUGGCAGCGAUACCACAGGCCUCAAUCCAUACUGGGGAACUCCUCAGAAUCCACACAACCGAACUACUAUACAGGAGUCUCUUCGUCUGGUUCAGCUUACGCUGUAGCAGCCGGAUUAGUACCCUUCACUUUUGGAGCUGAUGGAGGAGGAAGUAUCCGAAUUUCGGCUGCUUUUUGCGGGAUUUAUGGAUUGAAACCUACGUAUGGUCGCCUAGAAGACACGUCAAGUACCGUUGUCGUCACUGGUCCCUUGGCAUCUUCAAUGAUGGAUCUAGAAGCCAUGUAUCGAGUUCUUGCGCAACCAGAUCCAUCUGAUUCAAUUUGCCAAUCUUUUGCGCCUCCAAGCAAGAUUCUUUCUACGAGUUUCCAACCAAAAAUCAUAGGCAUCUAUAAGCCGUGGUUUGAGCGGUCCGAUACCUCAGUUUUUGAAGUUUGCCAAAAAGCUAUAGAUUACUAUCAGAAUCAAUUGGGUUACGAAGUAGUCGAUAUCGAACUCCCUUACAUACCCGAAGGGCAGAAGGCACAUGUAUCCACCAUUCUGGCCGAACUAGCCAUUCGUGCGCGUUCCAAUCAUCUUCCAGAUGAAAAACCUACUUCAAAUUCAUGGCUUGCCGAUCUCAACCCAGCAAACAAAAUAGCUCUUGGAGUUGGCUCACAAAUGACUGCUCAAGACUAUCUUCUCGCGCAACAAAUACGUAAUAUCCUUCUGCAACAUCUUGCGUUUCUGUUCAAGGAGUAUCCGGGAUUACUUAUCAUGACCCCAACGUGCCCUAUGCCUGGAUGGGAUAUCAAAUCUGAAAGAGAUCUCAAAUACGGUUGCACGAAUGGUAAUCUUACCUUUCGUAGUGUGGAAUAUGUUUGGAUCGCUAAUUUGUGUGGAAAUCCUGCGAUUAGCGUUCCUGUUGGAUAUAUUGAUCCCGUUGAGACGGCCGGUGAAGGAAAGAUUCCGAUCGGUCUUAUGGCAAUGGGUGAUUGGGGAUCGGAAGAUCAAUUGUUGGGAUGGGGUAGGGAGGCUGAGAUUUAUUUGAAUCAUGUCUAUGAAGGUGGCAGAAAGAGACCCAACGGUGAUGGCUGGGUUGAUGUCUUUAAGCUUGCAAGUAGCCAGAUGGAUACCCUCUCGUAA